CGUCACAAAUUCUUCACACAUCUGUUGUGGCUUGUUGCUGGGCAGGUAAACAAAUGCACACCGGGGUCAAAUAGUUUCACUUUACAUGUGUUCAUUUGUUUCGUUGCAUUAGAAAUUUGUAGAUAAAGCAAAAUAUAUUGGAAAUAGUGGACUUUUGUCAGGUAUGUGGAGCCUGAAUUGAUAUGGUACUUUAAAUACAGAAAUAAAAGGAUUUCCAGGAUAACGACAAAUUCAACAUGGCUUCUCGGUAUAACGGACAUAAAGACAAGGAUGAUUAUGACGAUUAUGAUUACAGUGAUUCAUUUGUUAGUGAUGAGGAUGACGAGAGUGUCAAGAAACAUUCGCCCCCAACUCGAAAAGUAGCACAAGUAACAGCGAGGAAGAAGCCUCCGACUAAUAGAGGACACAAAGGGAGAAUAUCGAGCAGAGCGACGGCUCAGUCACAGGAACCUAAAUUAGACAAUGCUGUCCAGAGAAUGUUGUCGUCCAAAAACUUACGAAUUAAUGAAUUAAAAAAUCAACUUCAAGAUUUCCGGAUACAUUUGGAUGAAAUGAAAGAAGAGAACAAAUUGUUACAGAAAACACAAAAAAGACAAGAAAAGGCAUUAGGGAAGUUUGAAAAUGAGGAGAGUGAUUUACCACAGCUAAUGCAAAGACAUAACAAUGAAGUGAGAACUUUACGGGAACAGUUGAAAAAAACACAGGAUAAAUAUCAACGAACAGACCGAUACCUAAGGGAUGCUGAGGACGAGCUAGAUAAAACUAAAAAUAAACUGAAAAAAUAUAAAAAUCUUGCCGAAGACAAAAAUCUUUUGGAAAGACAGGAUUUACAAAAGAAAGUACAACAAGCCGAAAUAGAUUUAGAAGAAAGGGAUGUUAAAGUUAGGGAUUUAGAGAAACAUAUCAAUCAUUUAAACAAGAAUCAUCGUCAUGAGUUAGGAAUAGAAAUAGCACGCCACCGAGAUUUUCAGCGACAGAUGGAAGGUUUACGGAAUGACAACGAAGAAUUACAGAAUAGAUUAAAGGAAAAAGUAAAAGCUGUUGAACUAGCAAAUAUUUACAGUUUACGGAAAGGUAAAAAAUUACCUGCCUCAUAUAGUGGGACUCCAAACAGAACGCCACCACCAGGACGUAGAAAACGUAAUCCAUCACUACAUGAAAUUACACCUAGAGAGAAAAUGAAAAUGUUUGAGGACAAACGGAAAGAAGAGGAACGUCUUCAAAGAGAGUUUCAGAGAGGUGAUGGACCUAAAAUGGCUUUCCAAACAGCAGGAAGUAGUAAUAGAAGUAUCCAUAAACACACAGACUCUAAAAAACAGACAAAUCUUACCUAUAGAUCAUCACAUAAUAACAGUUUUGAUAAAGACAGAGAAUUAGAUAGCAAAAAAUCUAGCAAUGACCUGAACUCCUCCUAUAAUAAGGGACAUAGUGAGACAAAUUAUAGUUCUGAACCUCCUGGUUAUGACUAUAGUACUACACAAGAGCAACAAGAAAGACAUAAGAGGGAUAGAGAGGAGCAGCUUAGACAGAGGGCAGAGGAGGAUGAUCGAAGGAGACAGAGGGAGCGUGAUGAACAAGAAAUGAGGGAAUUAGAACAAUUAGAACAGGAGAGAAGACAGAGGGAGUCUCGGGAUAGGGAGGAACAGAGGAAACGGGACCAGGAAGCAGAGGAAUGGAUGAAGAAAAUGGAGGUUGAGAAACGGCAAAGGGAGUCUGAAGAACAUAGAGUUAGAGACGAACAGCAGAGGAAGGAAAGGGAAGAAAGAGAAAGACGAGACAAGGAAAGGCAUGAACAGGAAAGAAGAGCAAGAGACGAAAAAGAUAGAAUGGAAAUGGAUGUUCAGCUUGCAGAGGAGAGAAUGAAAAAAGAUGAAUUACUUAAGAAGUUAAGAAUGAUUGAUGAAGGACAGAACAAACGGGAAGAAAAGAAAACAACAACAGGAGGAAAUGAAUUGUUUUUUGUUACUUCUAAUAAACAGAGGCGUGACAGCGAUGCGGGGUCUGCCACGUCAAGUAAGAAAAGUAGUUAUUCAUUCACUAAACCUGUUGAAAAUAUGCAUCACGGUAAACCUGCAAGGGAAGACGUUACAGUUCCUUACAUAGAACGUCAGAAAAAGCAGCAAAAUUCACCUCCUGUGGGUGGCUACCAGCCAUCAUUUGGGAUGAGUAGCGGGAUAACUGGAGGUGGUAAAAAGACUAAAAAAUCUACUGGGCAGGUGAUCUUUGAUGAUUAUGACAAAGAUGACAAAGCUAAGAAACCACCACUAAACAAAAAAGCGGACUUAAUGUCAGAACUGUUUGGAAAUCAGGCGAGUAAACCAACAAAGUCCACUGAUUUAGAUAGUAGUGAGGAUGUUUUCAAACCGCCUGUAAGGACAACUAAAACAACCGCAACAAAAACAUCAGGUUUUCCCUGGGAUGAUGAUAGCAAAAAAUCAACUACAACAAUAUCAAAAAAUGAACGAGCAUCGUCAUUGUUUGGAGGUGGUGGCAGUGGUAUAUUAGACGAUAAUGAAUCAUCUGUGUUCGAUUCAACGAAAAUGUUGCCAAAGAGAGGCAGGCAACCAAACACAACAUUUCAGUCAAAGCCAGCUGUUUCUGCAAUAGACCAUUCCCAUUUCGAUGAUGAUAUUGAAGAAGUUAUUUUGUAUAUAAGCAUAGCAUUUGGUCAGGUGUGGUCUUGUGAAAUCAUGAUGGCCACAGAUAUUGUUUCCUAUGAUUACAGGUGCCAUCAUCAUGAUUUCACUGUACCCUUAUUUGAAGUUAUAAGUACUGGUGGAGCUUAUACUGAAAACCUAAAUAACAGAAAUUUUAACAUGGACACUGGGUCUUCAGUUUCAAAAGGGUGUUUUGCAUACAAGGGAAAAAAGAAACGAGUCAACCCAGCUGAUUACUUUAAAGCUUGUGAACAUCCAGUCUCUGGAGUUUCCCGACAGUCAACAUGUGAUCAGACAUGGGAAGAAAUUGAUCAAGAAAUACAAAUACUGAGAUCUGACUUGAAUUCUAAGAUAUUUGAUGAUUUACUGGCAUUUACCAGCUCCUGCCAUGAAAAGUUUAGUCUAGACCAUGAUCAGGAUCACAAAGACUCUUUUGUUACAGAAAUACCCACAGCUGCCCUUGUAACUGGAGUGAACACACCUGACCAUGGUGUUAUGUUCUCCACAUUGGUAGAACUGUUACAUGAGAGAGUAUCUCCAUUGGUGGCCAUACUCAGGUCUAAGGAUUGUAACAGAGUGAAGAAUGUUCUCACUAAGACACUGGGACAACUUCUACAGAAUCCAGAUAUGUUUACCGAUGAAGAAGAGGACUUGAUAACCAACACUAAAAAUUUACCAUGUACUUUGUCUACAUUAUCUGCUUGGUAUAAUACUAAAUAUAAGCUACCCCACAGUCCAACAAAGAAGAGAAAGUCAGUCACUAUAAGUGAGCACCAGAGAUAUCCUCCUAUAGUUAUUGUAUUUGAAGAUUUGGAGAGUUGGGUCCCACAGAUAUUACAAGAUUUCAUCACAAUUUGUAGUAACUACAUACAUCACUUGCCAAUAGUAUUUGUAUUUGGUAUUGCCACAUCAGUUGCUGCGGUCCACAGAUUGCUCCCUAAUACUGUGUCAUCACUGUUAUGUAUGGAAAAGUUCCAAGCACCUCCCUCUACUGAAUAUUUAACUCUUGUCAUAAACCAGAUAAUAAUGACAUCCAAGUUUCCAUUUAAGCUUGGAUCAAAGGUGUUCCAGUUGUUAUUAGAUAUAUUUCUGUACCAUGAUUUCUCUGUUCUAAACUUCAUCAAAGGAUUACAGUUCUGUAUUCUGGACCAUUUCUUCUCGUUCCCCUGCAGUCGUAUAUUAUGUCAUCAUGAAGACUUACACCAGACAAUCAAGGACCUUAAACACCAUGAUAUCGAAUCUGUUAGAAUGACACCAUCCUUUAUGAGGUAUGUUGAAAGCAGUCAGCCAAAACAACAGAUAGAUCUACUGGAAAAUGAUGAAUAUACAAAGAACGUCAUUGAGAAAUUUAUGACUCAGAUUAACAAAUAUCAUGAGUUGUUUUUCCCUGUGUUACGAUGUCUUCAUUGUUUGGUCAGUAAACUUCCAAAGCAUCCAUUGGGUAAACAGUUGAGAGAAGUAUAUUCUAUGACCCUUGGUAGUUUUAUAUGUGAAACUGAGCAGUACAAAGAUGCUAUAGAACUGUUAAAAAUGAUGUCAAAAGAUGAACUAACAGAGUUGAUGAAGGCCAGUAUACAGGAGCUUGGACAAGAUUUACAUGACGACCUACAGGAUAUACCUCAAGAUCUGGAAAGGUUUCUACAGAGAUUUGACACAUUGCAUGAAAUACCAGAGGAGGAAGAAGAAAAUGACAGCCAAGAAGAAUCAACAUUACAUUUAGAGAAAACAGAUUUACAUAACCUCAGAAAGAAAUUGAUGGAGGCUGGGAAAAAAAGUAAGAAGUUAUCACCCUAUGAAAAGCUUCGAUUGGAAAUUGUAGAUUAUUAUGACAAUGUAUUCAGGAAAUAUAUGUCUUGUCCUAAAUCUUUCCCAUUACAUGAAGUGUUUUACUAUGAUUCUGCAGCAGACGUCAAGAGACAAUUGAACUCUUCACCCAGAUCAGCAGUACAAACAGCAUUGGCUACUCCUCAUCAUUAUCUUCAGUGUAAAUGUUGUGACAUGGAGCCUGGUAUUAUAAGUUCUACAAUGCCAGACCUCUGCAUAGUAUAUAAAUUACAUCUGGAAUGUACACAGCUGAUUAACCUGUUUGAUUGGCUACAGGCUUUUGUGACUGUUGUAACAACAGGAGAGGAGGAAGAUGAAGGAAAGAAGAAGGCAGUGGAUAAAGUAUUACAGUAUCCUUAG